CAGGUCGCGAAGAGAGACCAGAAUGGAUGGAGGUGGAGGCCACAAAUCUGGAAGCCCAAUUUACAAACGAAGUCCAGACAUGACAAAAUCUCUGAUGACAAAAUCGGAGCAGCUCCUGAGAAUAGACGACCAUGAUUUCACCAUGAGGCCAGCAUUUGGAGGUCCUCCGAUUCCGGUUGGCGUGGACGUUCAGGUGGAAAGUCUAGACACCAUCUCCGAAGUGGAUAUGGACUUUACCAUGACACUAUACCUGCGUCACUACUGGAAGGAUGAGCGGCUGUCGUUCCCCAGCACCAACAACCAGAGCAUGACCUUUGACAGUCGCCUGGUGAAGAAGAUUUGGGUCCCUGACAUGUUCUUUGUCCAUUCCAAGCGCUCUUUUAUCCACGACACCACAACCGAUAACGUCAUGCUGAGGGUUUACCCCGAUGGCAACGUCCUCUACAGUCUCAGAGUCACCGUCACUGCCAUGUGCAACAUGGACCUCAGCCGCUUCCCUCUGGAUACCCAAACCUGCUCGCUGGAGAUCGAGAGCUAUGCGUACACAGAUGACGACCUGAUGCUUUACUGGAAGAAAGGCAACGAAUCCCUGAACACGGACGACAGAAUAUCUCUGUCCCAGUUCCUCAUACAGAAAUUUCACACCACCACCAAGCUGGCUUUCUACAGCAGCACAGGCUGGUACAAUCGCCUGUACAUCCACUUCACCCUGAGGCGCCACAUCUUCUUCUUCCUGCUGCAGACCUACUUUCCUGCUACUCUGAUGGUCAUGCUGUCCUGGGUGUCCUUCUGGAUUGACCGCAGGGCCGUCCCCGCCAGGGUGCCACUAGGCAUCACCACGGUGCUGACCAUGUCCACCAUCAUCACUGGGGUCAACGCCUCCAUGCCUCGGGUCUCCUACAUAAAGGCAGUGGACAUUUACCUCUGGGUCAGUUUUGUCUUUGUCUUCCUCUCUGUGAUAGAGUAUGCGGCGGUCAACUACCUCUCCACUGUCCAGGAGAGGAAAGAGAGGAAACUGAGGGAGAGACUGCCGUGUACAUGCGGCAUAGGCAACCCUGACGAGAUGAUGAUUGACCCCCAAAUCACCGGCUACGGUUCCAUGGAUGUCAACACCACUGGGAAUUAUGGGAUGCCAGAGAAUGGCAGCCGCCAGGAUCGAAUGUUGGCCCAGGUGUCACUGAAUGACCCACAGAUUGCGAGCCAGGUGAAGCCAUCCAGAGGCUACGUGAACAUUUGGAUAGACACGCACGCCAUAGACAAGUACUCACGGGUUGUGUUUCCGGGAGCGUACAUCCUCUUUAACAUCAUCUAUUGGUCCAUCUACUCGUAACCCGAGAUGCAGAUGUUGAUCCUCUGCAGGAGUCGUCCAUGAUGAGACUCCAGGAGCGUGGCUCGUUUGUGAAAGAGCAGGAAAAUAUAAUUUUAUUUGAUGCUUUUCAGACAGAGAAUCUGCACUAAAGAUGCAUGGGGACCAUUGACAGAUUGGUGACUAUUGCCUUCUCGACCCAGCCACUUAAAACUGAAAAGUUUAUAAAUGAGCUACUGACAAACGGGACAGUCGUCGCCACUGGUUUUGUCACUCCAUCAAACCCAUGUGGUGUCAUGUUGUAACUAUAGUUCUGUUGAUGGAAAGACGUUGUCACCUGCAAAUUCACUGCACAGA